AUGGUGGUUGAUUUGAAAGUAGUGCUCGGUUACGAUAGAGUUAUGGUUGUGAAUCCUAUUGGCUUGUCUGGUGGUUUAGCUUUAAUGUGGAAGGCAGAGGUAGGAGUGGAAGUGAAGUUUGCUGAUAAGAAUAUCAUAGACUGCAGGAUAAGAUACAGAGGUCAGGUUUUCUAUGUAUCCUUCGUCUACGGAGAGCCUAGUCAAAUAGGCAAGAGGAAAGUAUGGGAAAGACUGAUGAGACUUGGCGCAGGAAGGAAAAAGUGUUGGGGCAUGGUUGGAGAUUUUAACGAUAUCCUUCAUAAUGGCGAGAAGAUUGGUGGUCCACCAAGAAGCCCUGAGUCUUUUAAGGAUUUUGUGGAGAUGCUAGAGGUUUGUGAUAUGAAGGAAAUUGUAGGAUCAGGCGAUAGUUUCACAUGGGCGGGAGUGAGAUAUAAAAAAUACAUUCAAUGUAAGCUUGAUCGUUGCUUUGGCAACAAGCAAUGGAGGAUUAAUUUCUAUAAAUCCUCUCAGACCUUCAUGGAGAGGCUUGGAUCAGAUCAUAGGCCAGUCUUGGUUAAUCUCUUUGAUGAGAAGGAACGAAGAAGGGUUGAUUUUAGGUUUGAUAAGAGGCUGGUUGGUAAGAACAGAGUGAUGGAGACCAUCGAUAUGUCGUGGAUCAAAGCUAGAGCUGAGAAAAAUCUGUCAAUUCUGGGCAGUUUAGGAGAAGUAAGGAAGGCUCUAGGGAAGUGGAAAAGAGAGAAUAAUCUCAACUCGAAUGAGCGAAUGCAAAAGUUUAGGCAUGAAUUAGAGGUUGAAACUUCUUCCUUUGCACCUUGUUGGGAACAUGUGAGGUUUCUAAAGGAAGAAAUAGGAAAAAAUUUCAAAGAAGAGGAAGACUUUUGGAUGCAAAAGAGCAGAGAUAAAUGGCUUGUAGUUGGUGACAAUAACACAAGUUUUUUUCACGCCUCAGUGAAGGCAAGCCGACAACGAAAUCAGUUGACUAAGCUGAUUGAUGAUGAGGGAAGUGAGUUCUCGUCGACGCCUCAGAUGGGGAAGGUUGCCACUGAGUACUUUGAUAAGCUGUUCGCAACUUCGGGAGUGAGCGAGGUGAUGGGUUUCUUCACAGGAAUGGAGACAAGAGUAACUGAAAAUAUGAAUGCCAAGUUGUUGAAAGAGGUGGAUGAUGAGGAGAUCAGAGAAGCUGUUUUCAUGAUCAAGGCAUCAAGUGCUCCAGGCAGUGAUGGUAUGAAUGGGUGUUUCUUUCAGGAGUACUGGCAUAUCAUAGGACAAGAGAUUACUAAAGAGAUCAAAGAUUUCUUCAGCUCUGGUGUAUUCCCAUCAGAGUGGAACUUCACUCAGAUUUGUCUUAUCCCAAAGAUUUUGAACCCGGAGAAGAUGGUGGACCUGAGACCUAUCAGUUUAUGUUCUGUGAUGUAUAAGAUCAUCGCCAAGAUUCUUGUGGCACGGCUUAAACCUCUACUAGAACAUAUUAUCUCACCAAAUCAGUCGGCUUUUGUUCCGAAGAGACUGAUCUCUGAUAAUAUAAUCAUUGCGCAUGAGAUGGUGCAUGGGUUGAGAACGCAUGAGAGGAUAUCUAAGGAACAUAUGGCCAUAAAAACAGAUAUGUCUAAGGCAUAUGAUCGUAUUGAAUGGUCUUAUCUGGAAGGACUGAUGUCGGCAAUAGGUUUUCAUGAAAAAUUCAGAGCUUGGAUCAUGUUCUGUGUCCGGUCAGUGUCCUACACGGUUCUUAUAAAUGGUGAAGAACAGAGGAAAGUUGUGCCAAGUAGAGGUCUACGACAAGGGGAUCCUCUGUCCCCUUUUCUGUUUGACCUCUGUACGGAAGGGUUAACACAUCAACUGAAUGAGGCUGAGAGGAGAGGAGAAAUCACGGGGAUCAAAUUUGCAGAUAAUGGUCCAGCGGUGCAUCAUCUAUUCUUCGCUGAUGACUCGCUACUUCUGGUGAAGGCGAAUGAGGAAGAGUGUAAUGUGGUCUGCAAGAUACUGAAAGAGUAUGAAAAGGUGUCUGGCCAAAUGAUAAGUUUCUCGAAAUCUGCCAUUACUUUUGGCAAAAAUGUACCGGAGGAAAGGAAAGUCAAGAUAAAGGAUAUCACAGGGAUCAACAAUGAAGGAGGGACUGGGAAAUACUUGGGCCUACCUGAGUGUUUUAGUGGAUCUAAAGUUGCUAUGCUGCAGUACAUUCAUGAGCAGAUGACGUCGAGGUUCCACAACUGGUACGCCUUCUUCUUAUCUACUGGAGGCAAGGAAGUGUUGUUGAAAUCAGUGGCUAUGGCUAUGCCGGUCUUUGCAAUGUCAGUCUUCAAGUUGCCUAAGUUGACAUGUAGAAACCUUACUAGUGCAAUGGCCAAUUUUUGGUGGAAUGCUCAAGAAGGGAAAAAUAAAAUGCAUUGGGUUUCUUGGGACAGGAUGUGUCUUGAUAAGGAGGAUGGUGGUCUAGGAUUUAGAGACUUAGAGAAAUUCAAUCAAGCCUUGCUGGCAAAACAAGGGUGGAGAUUGCUUAUGAAUCCUGACUCUUUAUGUGCAAGAGUGAUGCGUAGUAGAUACUAUCCUACAGGGGAUUUUCUUACGGCAAGCAUUGGCUCUAGACCAUCAUAUGCGUGGAGGAGUGUACUGUUUGGAAGGGAGUUGCUGGUGAAGGGACUACGACGAAAUGUAGGAUCGGGGGAUACUAUCUAUGUGUGGAUGGAUAAGUGGUUGUUCGAUUCUGCUCCUAUUGCGCCUCUGAGAAAACAGAUUUUCUUUGACAUUGAGCUGAAGGUAAGGGAUCUUAUCAAUCCACAAACCAAGACUUGGGACAGAGGUAAACUGGAAGAGCUCUUUGUUCCUGAUGAUAUAGCUCGCAUACUGAAGCAAAAGCCAGCCUUUGGGAAGGAUGACUCGUAUGAAUGGGUUCACAAUAGAUGGGGGGCUUACUCAGUGAAGUCGGGAUAUUGGUUGGCUUGUUCUCUUGAUCAGUCUGAAGUUAGGAACAUUGCAAGAAGUAGGCCCUCUAUUAAUGCUGUACGAAGUAAAGUUUGGAAGGUGAAGACUGUGCCAAAAAUCAAAGUUUUCAUGUGGAAAGCGCUCUCAAAUGCUCUUGCAGUUUCAGACGAGUGUUUGGCGAGAGGGAUGAAGGUAGACCCUCGGUGUCAGAGGUGUGGGGAGGUAGGAGAAUCUAUUAACCACGUUUUGCUCACCUGUCCAGCGGCUCGGUUAGUUUGGGCGACCUCAGGGUUUCCUUUUCCAUCGAACGGUUUUGAACAUGGAGGUUUGUAUGCCAAUCUUUGGUAUCUUAUGAAGGCAGGGGAAGAUAUGAGAAUUCCAAGUGCCUUGAGGCGAAGCUUCCCGUGGAUCCUAUGGAUGAUUUGGAAAAAUAAAAAUGCUUUUUGUAUUGAGGGGAAGGAGUUUGCAGCAGAAGAUACGGUGGCGAAGAUUUUUGAAGACUCUAAAAGAUGGUUCGAUGUUCUAGAGGAGGCAAGUACAGUUGAGGAAAGUAGGAAUCGGAGGUUGCUUGCUGGAAAAGGUUGGAAAGCCCCAGAGAGAAACAUAGUGAAAUGUAAUAUUGGGAUCUCAUGGGCAAAAGAUACUAAGUUGGCAGGGACGAGUUAG